AUGAGAGAGAAAUGGAAAGUUGAGGACAUACUGGGAUUGACUUACGUCUGUGCAUGGUCUGUGUCAAUGUACGCCCCUGUUAUCACGAAUCUGAAGCAGAGGUCUUCUUCAGCGGUAUCCAGAGAUUUUGUCAUGUUAAACAUUACAGGAUACUUUUACUUGCUAGCUUCCUUGGUCUUACAGCUAUAUAUGUGGAUCCCCAUAUCAACAACCCUUCCAGAAGAUCGCAGUAUACCUGUGGAUUUGAAGCCUAAAGUAUCCAGCUUUGAUUUUUGGUACUGCUUUCAUGGGUUUAUGAUGAACCUAGUCCUGGUAAGUCAGGUCGUCAGUGGCGUUAAGCUAUGGAAUUUCAAGACGGAUAACCAUCAAAAUCGAAUGAAACCGUGUUACUAUAGAUUUCUGGUCAUUUCGCUACUAGUGUUUGCCAUUUUAACGCUCAAAUUUAGUUAUGAAAACUCCCAAAAUGGUUGGGAUAACGUCAGAACCUUGUCAUACUGCAAUGCUCUGUUUGUCCUCAAGAUCUCGAUGUCUCUGAUCAAGUAUAUCCCACAGGCACUCCAUAACUAUGAAAGAAAAUCCAUGAAAGGCUUUUCAAUUCAGAGUGUAGCUUUGGAUAUUACUGGCGGAAUCGCAUCGCUUUUACAGCUUAUGGUACAGAUUUCCAGAGAUCAAGGGUUCAAUUAUAUGACCAUAUUGGCUAAUUUCGGUAAGAUUGGCCUGGCGCUGGUUACGUUAGUCUUCAAUUUUAUUUUUGUAUCGCAGUGGCUAGUAUUUAGAGAGUUACCUAACAUUAAAUCAGAGAUUAUAUAG